GCCCUGGCGAAUCCCGCUAGGAAUGCAGAGUUAGAACAAAAGCUUCUGCAUUUGCAAGGGGAGGUUAUUGAACUUCAUCGUGAAAAAGAGAAGGUUGCACCAUUACUUAGUAACAAUUUGAUUGAGAAAUUAAAUGACCUUCUGCUGGAGUCCAAUGCGCUUAAUCGCUCUUGCAUGGAAAGUAUAGACGAACUAAAGAAAGCCAACGAGAUGCUUCUUAAUGAGCAGACAACAACGAUGUUGACUGUGAAAAGUUUGGAGGCGGACAAGAGACAGAUGGAAGAGGACAGGACCAGGUUUUUGACUCAAAUAUCUUCCCUUCAAACGCAAAUUGAGUCUCUAAAGAACUUCGAGUCCGAUAUGAAACUCCGAUUCAGUCCAUCCGGACGAAUGCUCUCUUACGACAAAUGCGAAUCUCUGGUUUCCUUGGUUGGUUGCAACGCCGGAGUCACUGAUGUGGAUUUCGAUUGCGAGGAAACCAUGGUUUUGGGUGCAUCGAGUGACUUUGCUUGUCGAGUCUGGACUUUGGCUGAUCGUCGCCUCAAAGUCAAUCUCACAGGUCACUCGGAACGAGUGGUUGCCGCCCGAUUCAUCAGUUGUGGUAACGCUUCCAACUCCGUCGCUACUGCCUCCAGCGAUCGGACUAUUAAGCUUUGGAACGUUGGCCGUCGUCAGUGCUCUCGCACAAUUCCCCUCACCUCGCUCUGUUAUGACGUCAUCGGGUGCCGGCAUUCGAGCAGUCUGAUUAGCGGUCAUUCUGACAAGAAACUGCGUAUCUGGGACCCGGAGUCUGGCAAAUUGGUCACCGAACUCGUCUUGUCUGGUAGGAUAACAGGGUUGGAUGUUUCCACUGACGGGAACUACGUGCUGGCGUGCACUCGCAACGACUCCCUCCACACUGUCGAACUGCGCCGUAACGAGGUCGUGCGGUCGUUUCAAGCCGAGGGCUUCCGGAUCCACGCGGACUGCGUUCGACCCGCCUUCUCCCCCGACGGCGCCCACGUGACGUGUGGUUCUCAAAGCGGCGGCGUCUACGUGUGGAACGCCAUCACCGGCGACCUGGAAACAGUGCUGAACGGUCAUGAGUAA